UUCAACGUCACUUCCGUCUACAGCGCCUCAAAACGAAGGCUGCCAUGUUGCAGUAGCAAAGCUGAGCGGGGCUAACGGUGACUAUUGCGAAAUUCUGUCUGGUCAGUGAACUGAAAAAAGGUUCACAAGGCACCUUCUGAGGAUUUGCAUCUAUUUAUUGCUUUAAUUUAAAGCCUUCUGAGUCACAGAAUGAGCGGAGGGACGCCGUACAUCGGGAGUAAAAUCAGCCUGAUUUCCAAGGCCGAGAUUCGCUAUGAGGGAAUCCUCUACACUAUCGAUACCGAGAACUCCACUGUGGCGCUCGCCAAAGUGCGCUCGUUUGGAACUGAGGAUCGCCCCACUGACAGGCCGAUCCUGCCCCGGGAUGAAACCUAUGAGUACAUCAUCUUCAGAGGGAGUGACAUUAAAGACCUGACUGUUUGUGAACCUCCCAAGCCAUCUUUGCCUCAGGACCCUGCAAUUGUUCAGUCUUCUAUGGGAUCUGCUGCUCCACCCUCAGCUUUCCAGAGUGGAAACUCGUAUGGGCUGUUUAAACAGGCUCCAGUGUCUCCAUACAGCCAGUUCACUGCCAGCCCGUUGGUUUCACCCCCAUUUGGGACUGUUGGAGGUCGCAGCAGUCCUGCCCUUGACCCAUUGCAGAAGAGUCCGCCCGUGGAGCCAUCAGCACCGUUGGCCUCGUCAGUGAGCAGUACUGCUCCUGUGCCUGUCAGCCGCAGGAGCCCCAUCACAGCGCGACUCGGCACAACCAGUACUCAGAAGGUCCUGGAUGCCCCUGAACAGAGGAGGGUUGAGGGCCGGUCUAGACUACGCUCAGGACUCGGGCAUGCCGCAGCAGAUGCUAAUGUUGUUCACUCGGGUUUUCAAUCAGCAGCUGCUGGGCCUGUUGUGCCACCUGGUCCACGUCGUGGUCGUGGUGGAGGGCAUCGGGGAAGAGGCCGUUACCCUGUGAGAAGAGAUGGACCCAUGAAAUUUGAGAAAGAUUUUGAUUUUGAGAGUGCCAAUGCCCAAUUUAACAAGGAGGAGAUUGACAAGGAAUUCCAGAGCAAACUCAAGCUUAAAGAUGAAAAGCCAGAGAAGGCUUUGAAUGGAGAGGAUAAAGGUGACUCAGGGGUAGAUACUCAAAACAGUGAGGGUAACGCUGAUGAGGAAGAUCCACUGGGACCCAACUGCUACUACGACAAGUCCAAGUCUUUCUUUGACAACAUCUCCUGCGAUGACACUAGAGAAAGGAGACAAACGUGGGCAGAGGAGAGGCGAAUGAAUGCUGAGACGUUCGGGAUCCCAUUCCGCCACAACAGAAACCGAGGUGGAUUUCGGGGUCGUGGGGCCAUGGGCUUCCGUGGAGGACGUGGUCGUGGAGCCAACCGGGGUGCAUUUGGAGCACCACAUGCAGGGGGCAGCGGAUUCAGAGGAAGUUACAGAGGAGGCCAGGGGGGAAGAGAGUUCUCCAGUUUUGAAUACAGGAAGGACAACAAAGUAGCUGCGUAGUGCAAAUGGAAGCUGGAGCCACAGGACGGUGUAACUCAUGGGUAUAUGUAAUUCAUCACUACUUUUGACAAGAAGAAUGAAGUAAAAAUUUACGAGAUGUAUACUUGUCACCAGCACUGGUAUAGACCACUGGAGGAGUGGAUAUAAAUGCAAUUUCUUUUCCAUAUCUUCUAAGAGUGGAAAUGUUUCAGCCUUUUAAAAUGUUAAUCUGACAAGAAUAUUUCCAGAUGGGGUAAUUUGUGUAUGAACAUAUUUUAGAGCAACUGAUGUUUUUUCUUCAGUACUAAACUUGUAUUUAAUAACCUGUUAGCUGUAAACGAGCAGUGUAUAUAUGCCUUUGAUCACUGAAAUAGCUUUAUUAUUAUUUUGAAUAUCUUUUUUUUUUUUUUUUCCCGCUCCAACUUUUUACUGUAUUUUUCUACUUACUCACAUUCUUGAAGUCUGUUGGUAGGAAUUGUAAUUAUACUUGUUUGAUUUAACUAGCAUGUGAUUGAAUUUCCUUAGACUGUCCAAACUGCUCUGGUACAUUAUAUGUUUGUGUUUGCUACCUUCACAAAAGAGUAAGGUUCAUUGUUUAAGGAGACAUCUAAUCAGUGUGACUAGUAAACGUGGAUGUUGAGGAGUGAGUGACUAGGAAUUGUUUUCCUCCAAAAGAGUAUUUAUGAAUUAUUUUCCAUGCAUAGCUACAUUGCUUAGAAUUGCAAUUUUUAAAAGGUUAUGCUGAAAUGUUUCAGUUCAUAUGGCACCAAUCAGUAGGCAUUUGAUUUCAACUUUAGAUGCUGCACCUGCCUUGUAUCUGUACUUAAUAAGCUGUUAUAAGGCCUGUGGCUUCAUACACAUGUGAACAAACACAUGAAGCUAAAGCAUAUGAUGCGAUAUUAGCAAGAAUAGCACUGGCUCUGUCAAAUGGAUGAUCAUAUGUCCGUAUAUUCUGCACUUGAAUUUGAUGGGGUAUGUCACUGAUAUCUUUUAUUGAAUGGAAAGGUGUAUAUGAUAAAAUGCUUCCUGUGCUUUAGCAUGUAUAGCCACAUGUUUUUAAAGUUUGAAGUCAGCAGUGAUGCCAGCAUACUUGGAUUUAAACAGUGCAGUAUGGUGCAGGCUGUCGGGUUCAACUGUGUAAGGCAAGUGAAUAUAAUAAAAUGGCCACUAAGGGUGUGUUGUUUAGCACUUACUUCUUAUAUUAAUCUGCUGAGUAUUAGUGUUGUUGCUGCACUAUUUACCAGUGUAGUGAGUAGGUAAACAUGUACAGCGAGGCCGUAGAACAUAAAGAUUUGUGUCAUCCUUGACUGCAGAAGGCUGUUUACUUCAGUUAGGUAUUGCAUUCCUCUUGCAUUGUCUACACCACUGUAUGGAUUGAUGUUUAUAAUGUUGGCAAUUAGAUAUAGAGCUAAUUAAUAUUCCUUGAUCUGGUUUCAAAAGCAUGUUCAUUUGAUGAAUUGUGGCUGGAUAUCAUAUUUGACUUGACUGUGCUCAGAGUGCAUGUGCACAAUGUAAGCUCCUGUCUACACUGUGGUGUGAAUGAACCCUAUUCACAGAUCUAUUUCUAGUUCUGUUUUGUGUUCUUACUACAUAUAUGAACGUCCUUCAAAUUUGUUUAAGAUCUCUGAUCUAACUGGUAGGCUGUUCAAACUGUAAGUAAAAUGCAGAUGCUUAAGGUAGUCAAAAUAACUAUUUCUGAUUUGUUAAUAUUUCACAGGUAUCUAACAAAUUUAACGAUUCAGCCUAUUUAAAUUAAGCUUCUGAACUUUUCUACCUCACAUAGCUUAUGAUAAGACGAACAAUACACUUCUCUAUGAAUGCUCUAUACAACACUACAUUCACCACACAAACCUAUAUAUAAAUAAAUUGUCACCAAUGUUUAAAAAAAAAUUGUACUCCAAGCAAAAGUUGAAUUGACUAAAGAAUUUAAGUUGUAAAUUUUUCUCGUAGACACUUGAGAAGCUACUUGAAUCUCUAAUUAUAGAAUCUUAAAGUUUAUUUAAAAUACAUGAGAAAAAGUAAUGUUAGUAAUGUUGUUAGUAAUAGGCUCUAGACCGCAAACCAGCAACACUCAAUAAAUACAGCUCUUUUCAUUUCUCUAAUCCCCUUGUUCUUUCCUCAAAGCCCCAAUUACAUGUUUAACAAGGUAUAAUAUUUUAUUCAUUAAUUCAGGUUUUAGUUGGGCUUUGUAAAGCAUCAUAUUUGUGGCUCCACACUGAAAUUAUUAGUUUUUACCCACCGCUGGCUAUUAUUUGAUCACUUAUUAGUUAUGAGUAUGAUGGAACAAAAUGCCCAUUUGCCUGUUCAUUGUUGGACUUUUUCAGUUAAUCACUAAAUGGUUUGCAGGAAGAAUGUGAACUUGUGUAAAAUACCAAAAAAUUUGCAAUAGUGCUAGAUUUAUUUAUUUAUCUUUUUUUGGUCAACAUCACUAACAAGAAUUAAUAGUAUGACACUGCUAGAUGGUAAUGUUUUGUCAUGUUAUUUUCCAUUAGACUGUUCAUUAACUAAAAAUCAGGUUGUCUGGUGUAUUUUUGUCAAAAGUAUUAGCAUUAGCAAUAAUUUUUGUUUAUUUAAACAUAUUUUACUACCUAGGAGCUAACUGGUUUUUUUUGGGUGCUGUAUAUCACCAUGGCAUGGUAACGUACAAGUAGCUAAACAUCAUAAAGCAAAACAUGCUUUGCACUGAGCAAAAUAAUUUAGAAAUGCACUUUUGCACUUAAUCUCUUCUAUCCAAUUCGCAGUUUCACUCUGAACAUUUAUAAAGGAAUACUCCGAAUAUUGUUUAAGAUUUUCCACACAGUCUUAAGAAGAUGCAGACUAACUGUAGAUAUCAUCUAAUGAAACAUUACAUGCUACAUAGAGAACUCAAUUAAGAGCAUAGAAGAAAUUCAUGAUGAAACAAUUUAAGAGAACUUUGGUGCAUCUUGGAUAUUUUUUAUUCAUUUCGUUCCAGAUUCUGUUCUGUCCUAUACUUAUAUUAGUUUUCAGGGUGAUGUGAAAACCAGGUUUUAGUUAGGCAUAAAGCAUUGCUCUUUCAUUUAUGUCAAAACCAUUUUCUGCUGAUUUAAUCAUUCAUGAUCAGCACUCUUGUUAGAAUGAGAAUUUUGUUCACUGUUGGGCAGUCACUGCAUGCUCGUGUUGCCACAAAACCCAUGGCAAAAUGUAUGGCAAUGCUUGAGGCAGUUACUGUUAUAGAAAUGUUGUACGAUUGUGAGACUGAAUAUCACCGCUUCCUUCAGUAAGGUUUAACUUUACAUUUUUGUCUUUCAAGCAUGAGGGGUGUAACUUGGUGCAAAGGGAUUUUUACUCUGAAACUCCAAUAAACUGUUAAUUAUUA